AUGACCCGACGGGAUUCAUACUUCGGCGUGGUUUCUAAAUACCCUCUUUUUUCUUUAACAAUAUUCCUCGUUCUGCUCCUUCUCCAACCAAAUUUCGCAUUCGCCCAGAACAAGACAAAUCCAAAAGAUAAUGGGCCUGUCAAAUCCAAGGAAAAUCUCAAGUGGAAACAAAAUUGUAGCUCAGAACAAGCAAAAGCUAUCGACGAUGCUUUUGAAAAUGUCAAAGCCAUGUUGGCAGCGGUCCAGGACCCGGAUUGGGGCUCUUAUGCUGCCGUGGAGUAUUUGGGGACAAAUUACAUAGAUACUUGGGACACUUAUGAGCCAAAGGUAAAAGGUCAGUAA